AUGCAAUAUAAAAAGACAUUAGUCGCCUCUGCUUUAGCUGCUACAUCUUUAGCUGCUUAUGCUCCGAAGGACCCAUGGUCCACUCUAACUCCAUCAGCUACUUAUAAGGGUGGUAUAACUGAUUAUUCUUCUACUUUCGGUAUUGCAAUUGAAGCUGUUGCUACUACCGCAUCCUCUAAAUCCUCGUCUGUUGCCUCAUCCAAAGCAAAGAGAGCAGCCUCUCAAAUAGGUGAUGGUCAAGUACAGGCCGCUACCACUACCGCUGCAGUAUCUAAGAAAUCUACUGCUGCUGCCGUAUCUCAGAUCACUGAUGGUCAAAUUCAAGCUGCGAAGUCUACUGCUGCUGCCGUUUCUCAAAUAAAUGACGGUCAAGUCCAAGCCAAGAAAUCUACUGCUGCUGCCGUUUCUCAGAUCACUGAUGGUCAAAUUCAAGCUGCGAAGUCUACUGCUGCUGCCGUUUCUCAGAUAAAUGACGGCCAAGUCCAAGCCAAGAAAUCUACUGCUGCUGCCGUUUCUCAAAUAAAUGACGGUCAAGUCCAAGCCAAGAAAUCUACUGCUGCUGCCGUAUCUCAGAUCACUGAUGGUCAAAUUCAAGCUGCAAAGUCUACUGCUGCUGCCGUUUCUCAGAUAAAUGACGGCCAGGUCCAAGCUAAGAAAUCUACUGCCGCUGCUGCCUCUCAGAUUUCUGACGGCCAAGUUCAGGCUACUACAUCUACUAAAGCAGCCGCCUCACAAAUUACUGAUGGUCAAAUACAGGCUUCGAAAACUACCAAUGGCGCUAGCCAAGUAAGUGAUGGCCAAGUUCAAGCCACCUCUGAAGUAAAGGACGCCAAUGAUCCAGUUGAUGUUGUUUCCUGCAAUAACAAUGGUACAUUGGCAAUGAGUUUAAAAAAGGGUAUCUUGACUGACGGUAAGGGUAGAAUCGGUUCUAUUGUUGCCAACAGACAAUUCCAAUUCGAUGGCCCUCCACCACAAGCUGGUGCCGUCUACGCGGCUGGCUGGUCUAUUACUCCAGAAGGUAACUUGGCUCUUGGUGACCAAGAUACAUUCUACCAAUGUUUGUCUGGUGACUUCUACAAUUUGUACGAUAAACAUAUUGGCUCACAGUGCCAUGAAGUUUACUUACAGGCUAUAGAUUUGAUUUCUUGUUAA